AAUCCUGGCUAAGGUUUACAACGCGGUGAGACUUCCGAGACGGGUCCGACUAAUUCCUCUACGGAGACGAGCUUGUGGUGACUACAACAUCAAUAAUCAUAGAUCAGCAAGAAAAAGAAGAUACACUCAACUAUGACAAUAAAGUGAACUGCUCUUUCUAUUUUAAAAUUGGUGCCUGUCGUCAUGGAGACCGAUGCUCUAGGCUGCAUAAUAAGCCUACAUUCAGCCAGACAAUUGCCCUGCUCAACAUUUAUCGUAACCCUCAAAACAGUGUGCAAUCUGCUGAUGGCAUGACCUGUGCCAUUACUGAUAUGGAGAUGCAGGAGCACUAUGAUGAGUUCUUUGAGGAGGUCUUCACAGAAAUGGAAGAAAAGUAUGGUGAAGUUGAAGAGAUGAAUGUAUGCGACAACCUCGGGGACCAUUUAGUUGGAAAUGUCUAUGUGAAAUUUCGCUAUGAAGAAGAUGCUGAGAAGGCUGUCAUAGAUCUCAAUAACCGCUGGUUUAAUGGUCAGCCUAUUCAUGCAGAGCUCUCUCCGGUCACAGAUUUCAGAGAGGCUUGCUGCCGCCAGUAUGAGAUGGGAGAGUGCACUCGUGGUGGCUUUUGCAAUUUCAUGCACCUGAAGCCUAUUUCAAGAGAGCUAAGAAGAGAGCUCUAUGGACGUCGAAGAAAAAACCGUCACAGGUCUCGCUCGCGGUCCCGGGAAAGACGGUCCCGCUCGAGGGACAGGGGCAGAGGAGGUGGAGGAGGCGGAGGAGGUGGAGGAGGUGGAGGCCGUGACCAUGACCGUCGUCGCUCUAGAGACAGGGAGCGCUCUGGGAGGUUUUGAUCUAUAACCACCAAUAACUGUGCUCCUGUCUGACUCUGUAGCCAUAGUGUUUUGUUUUUUUAAGUUUAUACUUGUCUGAGCUUAAUUUGGACUGAUUGAACAUUGUCUGCUUGAAAUAGUGUAAUAAAUGUAUUACUUUUUUCUUAAAACCUGAAAACAAAAUAUUGUUGUCAUUAAAGAUUUUUACUAAAUAUAA